GAGAGGAUGGAGAACUGUUAUCAUCUGAUCUGUUUCCCAGAGGUAUGCUGAUCAUCAGGAUUGUUCUGGUUCUUCUGUGUGUGACUCUGGUCUGUUCUGAGAUCAGUCGUCUGACGGAUCAGUGGAUGGCCUGGAAAUCUCAACACAAUAAGAGCUACAGAAACACAAGAGAGGAGCGCCACAGGAGAGCCGUCUGGGAGCAGAAUCUGUUGGAGAUCCUCAAACACAACGAGGAGACGGCCGUCGGUCUGCACACAUACACACUGGGACUGAACCAGCUGAGCGACAUGAAUGCAGAUGAAGUCAAUCCUCUGAUGAACGGUUUAUUGGAGGAAGAUCUUCCCGAAGUCAACGUGACGUUCAGACCUCUGUCACACGAUCACCGGCCCGUCCCACCCAGAGUCAACUGGACGGAGCACGGGAUGGUCAGUCCCGUCCAGAACCAGGGCCGGUGCGGCUCCUGCUGGGCCUUCAGUGCUGCCGGGGCUCUGGAAGGGCAGAUGAAGCGGAGAACCGGCGCUCUGGUUCCGUUGAGUCCACAGAACCUGCUGGACUGCAGUGUGAGCUUGGGGAACCGAGGCUGUAAGGGCGGAUAUCUGAGCCGAGCGUUUCUCUACGUCAUCCAGAACAACGGCAUCGACUCAAACACCUUCUACCCGUAUGAACACAAGGAGGGUGUGUGUCGAUACUCAGUGAAGGGGAGAGCUGGAUAUUGCUCUAGUUUCCGGGUUCUUCCGCGUCACGACGAGGCAGCGCUUCAGAUUGCCGUCGCUAACAUCGGCCCGGUGUCCGUCGGUGUGAACGCCAAACUGGCUUCAUUCCACAGAUACAGAGGAGGCAUCUACAGUGACCCGCACUGCCGCGGGCUGGUCAAUCAUGCGGUUCUGGUGGUGGGUUACGGGUCGGAGAACGGCCUCGACUACUGGCUGCUCAAGAACAGCUGGGGGACGGCGUGGGGUGAGAAGGGCUUCAUACGCAUGGCACGAAAUAAAAACAUGUGUGGAAUCUCCAGCUUUGCCAUUUACCCCACCGUCUCCGAUCGAGUCGGAUCUGACUCCUGA